AUGUUCACCAUCGUGUACGCGGCGACGCGCAUGUCGGAGAGGACCCGGCACCGCGCGGCCGCCGGUGGUCUCCUGUGCCUCACGACCCUGAGCUUCCUGGUCUGCGCCGGGUCCGUCCUCGCCGCGCAGAUCUCCAAGGCGGGCGUCCUCCUCGCGCAGCCCAUCGGGGCCUCGGUGGAGGGGACCACGGUGGCGGCGGCGCUGCUGAUGAUGGCGGUCACCUUCGGCCUGGAGGAGCGCACUGUGGUGAAGCUCUCCACCGUAUUCACAGGCGGCGUGAUCGCCUCCUUCGCCGCCGUGCUCGCCGGCGCGCUCGUCGCGGCGCAGAGGCUGCACCCCGCGCGGCUGCUGCGCGCGGAGUGGGGCAGGCUGCUGCCCCCCGUCGCUGCGCUGGGGGGCGAGGUGUGGGUCGUCAACGUCUUCCUGCAGCUGCUCUGCUUCGCGGAGGUGGUGUGCCUGGUCUGCGGGCGGCACGGGCCGGGGCGCCCCCGGGCCGUCCUGGCGGCGGUCUGGAUGGGCAGCGUGGCGCCGCUGGCGAUGGCGACCCUGUGGACGACUGCCGCUGCCGUCAACAUGACGCCGCGGAGCGUAUCCGCCAGAAUGGCGGACCCCCUCGAAGCGUUCCUGACCGGCUCGGCCACCACCGCGGUGCCCGUUGCUGUCAUGGCAGCGUUCGCCAUCCUCACGACGGUGAUCGGCACGGCCCUCGCCAAGCGCCAGUUCAUCACCGGCAUGAUCGGCGAGCCGUCCGAGCGAGGCCGGCUCCUGAUCAGCCUCGGCGUGCUGGGCGUGCCCUCCGCGAUAGCCUUGUUCGGCGGAGACCUGUUCUACCGCGCAAUGGCGUUCUUCGGCGAAGGAUACCCUGCGCUUCUGCUCUAUGGCGUGGCCCCCCCGUGGCUGUGCUGGCGGCUGCGGCGGCAGGACGCCGCGGCGCCCGGGCGGAGCCGGGUGCGGGCGUUGCUGCCGGGCGGGUCCUUCGCUCUGUGGUUGCUCUCCGCCUGCGGGCUGGGAGUCCUGCUCACGAAUUCGGGGAGACAAUAUUUCCAUUUUUGCCGCUUCAAUGUUGAGGGCUCGCGGCUUAUUGUAGUAAUUCGUCAUGCGGCAGCCAUGACGGUUGUGGCCAAAGGGGAUUGCGCACGCGAGUUCUGUUUAUAUACUGGAUUAUCGCCCGUGGGGUCAGCGCAGCGCUCCCGCCCCAACACCAGGUAUUCGGAUAUGCCCUGCGCUAGUGAACAUGUAGCAACAUUGGCGGUGCCAGUUCGCAGCUGUACUCGCCUUUCCGCCCGAGGUCGCCUCGGGUCUGCCUCGGGUCUGCGUGGUGUCCAGGGCCCGCUCCCCGCCCGACGGUCGGCCACGUGAGCCUGCUCGGCUGCGUUGGCAAAGUGACGGAAGGUAGCAGACCCAAAUCAACCAAUAGUGUCACGCAGGUCCAUGGAUGUGGGCUGGUGUGGAGCUUGGCCAGGCGCUGUUUAACUGUGGCUUGCCCCGCACGGGUCGGGUCGCCGGUGGGGCACGAGCUGCGCGGGGCUCUCCAGACGAGAGGCGCGGCUGGGAGUGGGCCGAAGAUGUGGAACCCGGUGCGAGGGCCAGACGUGGCAAACGUCAAGUCGGGAGCCAGUUUGCACGGCGUGUUGGUUUCGGCUUUUUCUGGGUCCCAUAAUGCCUUUUAUAGCUAACGCUGCCCCUGAAUCUCGUAUAAGCAACUGCAGUGGGCAAUGGUCACUACAGCUUGAUGACCAUAGUCCGCAUUCUGGCAGCUCUGCACUUGCACAGUAUUGUGCUACCAUCCCCUGCCCUACCGCGAAUAGUCUGAGGCUUGCCUGAGGUUGGCGGGUGUCUGAAUGAGUCUUGCCAAUUUUUUGUACAUGAUGCAUUGGAAUGUUUUGCACGCCGCUCGACUUAUCAAUAUCAACACUCAGAGUGCUGAGUGAUGUGCAGCGUAUCACGAAGAGGAUCACGAGGAUCACAUAUUGGUUAGGGAAGCUUGUUUGAGACCCUCGUACGACGGUAAUUCAGAGGCCCGUGACAUGUUCUUGGGCACUGGUCAUCGUGGUGGCUUUUGCGCAUGCGCCUCAAACCCAGCAUCUUCACCAUCACGUCUUCGCUGCCGUCGGCAUCGUGGCGAGUCGUUCUGCACUCUUGCCGAAAAUCCUCGGGCACGGCCUGAGAUCGAUCCAGACACAUGGGCCAGGCAGGACGGACCGUGCCGAGUGGAGCGCCCUCUUUUUUCUGUCUGGUCUUCCUCCUUCCCCCCUCCUUCCAUUUCUACGAUGAGGAGGAAGGGCCGGCGACCACGACGGAGCCAGCCGCAUGGCUCGAGCUAU